AAUUCCCCAUUUCCCCGUUUUCGUUUCUGUUUUCCGUUUCCCGUUUCCCGUUUCCGUGCAACCUAGAUUCUCACGGUCCCGUAAAAAUUCUCUCAUCCUGUUACAAACUCUCCCCAACUUCUACUUGAGUACUUGACCAGUAUCCACCAAAACGCCAAAUUCACUCUGACGAAGGAAAUUGAACACACAGACUUUGUCAAAACUGAAAUCCCAAUUGAACUGAAUACUCUCCCAAUUACGAUCUUUCCUUCACAACAAUGGCGGCAGCAGCAGUAGCAGAGCAAGAGGAGAAGACAGUAGUAAAGUACGGAAUAAUAGGAGUAGGAAUGAUGGGAAGAGAACACCUUAUCAACCUCUACCACCUCCGCGAUCACGGUGUCUCCGUCGUAUGCGCCGCCGACCCUCACCCUACUUCCCUCGAUUCCGCCCUUGAUCUUGCUCACUCCUUCAAUUGGCCCCUUCAGGUGUUUUCAGGGCAUAAGGAGAUGUUGGAUAGUGGGUUGUGUGAUGUUGUGAUAGUUUCAUCUCCAAAUAUGACCCAUUAUCAAAUUCUUAUGGAUAUUAUUGCUCAUCCUAAACCUCAUCAUGUUCUUGUUGAGAAGCCUCUUUGUACCACUGUCCCCCAUUGCCAACAGGUAGUAGAUGCUGCCAAGAAAAGACCAGAUAUAAUGGUGCAAGUGGGUUUAGAGUACAGAUACAUGCCACCGGUAGCCAAGUUGAUAGAAAUAGUUAAGGGAGGAGAAGUAGGUCCAAUCAGAAUGGUGGCAAUAAGAGAGCACAGAUUUCCUUUCUUGGUUAAGGUCAACAACUGGAAUCGAUUCAAUGCAAACAGCGGAGGGACUUUAGUGGAGAAAUGUUGUCAUUUCUUUGAUCUCAUGAGAUUAAUUGUCGGUGCAAAUCCUGUUCGUGUGAUGGCUUCUGGUGCCAUGGAUGUUAAUCACAAGAAUGAAGUUUAUGAUGGAAAGGUUCCUGAUAUAAUUGACAACGCAUAUGCUAUUGUGGAGUUUGACAAUGGCUCACGGGGCAUGCUUGACCUGUGCAUGUUUGCCGAAGGAAGCAAAAAUGAGCAAGAAAUAUCUGUAGUUGGGGAUGUAGGAAAGGGUGAGGCCUUUGUUCCAGAGGGCAUUGUGAGGUUUGGCACUCGAGAAGCAGGCAGGAAUGGUGUGCAAACUAUACAAACAGUAGAUGAACGAAUAAAAUAUGAUGGAUUACAUCAUGGUUCAAGUUUCUUAGAGCACCUAAACUUUUUGCAUGCCAUUAGGAACAAAGGCACCCAGGCGCCUGAGGUGGAUUUAAUAGACGGGUUGAUUUCGGUUACUAUUGGAGUUGCUGCACAGGUUUCAAUUGAGCAGGGUAGGUUUGUAACAAUGGAAGAGGUCUUAAAAGGUUAAGUUGCUAAAUAAUCAUCAUCUCAUCUGUCUGUAUAGUCCGGGAGAGUGUUUUAAUAUGCUCAUAUUGGCCUCUCUUUUCUUUAUCACCAGGGAGGAGUGUCUUUGUAAAUCUCAGAAAUGUUAAGAAGUUACGGAGAAUUAUUCAAACUGUAUAGUAUAUUAUUUUAAGCAAUUACGACUUUUGAAAGUUGUCUACGAAGUGUAUAAGUAUUGUAAUACUAUCAAUUAUCAAGUAACUCAAUCUCUAUUUAACAAAUCAUCUCGUGAGGAGUUUGUUGUCACAACUAGAA